AUGACAACGUGGGAGAGACAGCAACAGCAUCCACGGAGUAAAACACCAUCAUUUUCUUCGUCUCUCCUUGAUGCCAUUUAUCAUUCCAUUGAUGAAUCCAAAGGUGUCAAAGAACAGGAAGUGGAGGAUUUGAAUAUCCGUAAAAGAAACAAUGCUGUACAAGUCGAGGAAGAAAUUGAAAGUCUUCGACGAGCAAUAAGGAUAGAAAAAUGGAUGGAGAACUACAGCAGUAAAAGCACUCGAAGGCCCUUGCCAUCAAAUUCUUGUUCGUCAACAGAAUCGAGCAUAUUUUUGUGUUCGGAAACGGACUCAUCAGCUUCCAAAUCCACACCAAAAUCAUUGGUUUUCCACAUGCAGAAACGGAGAAAACAAGCUCAAACACCAGCUGCAGAGAAGCCGGAGAAGAUUCUCGAGUUUAAGACUAUGCCAAAGAAGGUGAAAGAACCCCUUUCACCUGGGGGUAAAAUUGCAAACUUUUUGAAUUCUAUUUUCAGUCCAAGAAAAUUGAAGAAAAACCAGGGCUUGGAGGAUUGGAGUGCAAUAAGGAAAUCAAGAUCAAUGAAGGAAACAACCACACUUCCACUAGCUUCAAGAUCAUGCUUAAACAAAUCAACGCCGUCUUCAAAAGUUAACAAAUCCAAAAGGGCUGUUAGAUUUUGCCCGGUUACUGUUGUUCUCGAUGAAGAUUAUUCAAGAACGAGAAAGAUGCCAAACUCUAGCAUAAUCAAGAAAAACAUUAACAGUUUCUUGAAUUACAAGGGGAGAACUUCGAUUAACCAGGAAAUUGGAGAGGUUUAUGAGACUGAUUAUGAUUUGGAUAAUAGGAGUUGUACUAGCUCUGAUCUAUUCGAGCUUGACAACAUUAACAGGGUUGGGGUUGAAGAUUAUGAAGAGUUGCCAGUAUAUGGAACUACAAAUCUUCAAAUGAAUCAAGCCAUUGCUAGAGGAUUGGUGAUGUAG